AUGUCAAAGCGACGAAGCAUCUCCAUAGUACCGCCCCCAUGGCGGCCUGCUUCAGUCUUGGACAAAUGGGUUGAACGAGAAGCGAGGCCUAUUAGUUUACGACAACUCACUUUCUUUGGCCGACUCCUUACCGACACUCGAUUACUUGGAUCUGCCAACUAUGUCCGACUUGAGUUGCCUACUAGAAUUGCACACAGGCUCCGCGAUAUGCAAACAUUACCAUACGCCGCUCUAGUAAACCCACACAUCAGCCAUGUCUACGAGCUUUACUACUCGGCCUUCGAAAAACUACGAAAGGUUCCCGAGAUAAAGACUUUAGAGGACAAUGACAGAUUCUGUGAUGUUGUUCGCGAACAACUCAGAGAUCACCUCAGUGUCAUUCCGAGACUUGCUAUGGGUGUACUGGAAAUAUCAGAAUCCAUCCCAAGCGAGCAGUGUGACAAAUUGGUAACCUCAUUAUUGCGAUCAAGAAUCAGUCGAAGGGUCAUUGCCGAGCAGCAUUGCGCUCUAACAAAAGCAUAUCAUUCACCCGAUCACCUUCCACCAGCAGCAAGACUUCACCCAGAACAUGGCGACGACUUUGUUGGUGAAAUCUUCCUCCGAUGCAAUGCAAAGGAAAUUGUCCAAGAAUGUGCCGAAACUAUAGGCAAUCUUGCCAAACAGGCAUAUGGUUCUGAUGUGGUGUUACCUGAAGUCAUUAUUCAAGGUGCCGAAGACAUCGUCUUCCCAUACAUUCCUAGCCACUUGGAAUACAUCAUUGGCGAGCUCUUGAGGAACUCCUUCCAGGCGUCAGUCGAGCGACAUGGCUCCGAGCCGCCACCAAUUGAAGUGCUGAUCUGUGAGGCUGCACAACACGUCAUCAUUCGAGUAUCAGACCAAGGCGGUGGUAUCGAUCGAGAAAGCCUCUCAAACCUAUGGUCAUUCAGUAAAGGACCAGAACGCAGCAGACGACUACGAAACCUCGAGCAGGUACCCAAGCUGGCUGCGACCCUCCAGGAUCUCAAGGUUCCCGAACCAGAAUCAUCCGAUCAGAAGCGCGACUCCAAACAACCUCGCUUCGAUCACUCCCUGGGAUCUCUUUCUAGUAGACAUCCCGACCUUCGUCUCGGAAUUGGUCUGCCUAUGAGCCGUAUAUUCGCUGAGUACUGGGCUGGUAGCCUUGAAGUCCAUAGUCUGGAAGGUUAUGGGGUUGAUGCUUUCCUGCAGAUCAGCAAGCUUGGUAACAAGAAUGAGACUUUGAGUACUAGAACCAGUAUGGACGCUCUGUAG